UAUACACACACCCUACACCGGAAGAAGAGGGUUUGCUUUUAAGUGGUACUAAAAGUUCAGGGUCCAUCUUCUAUAUUGGAUCAAUUGAGGCCACAGAAAGUAGACAUGUUUCUGUACCUGCUUGCUUUAGCGGCUCUCUUCUGUGUGUACCGCUGGUACAAGGAACGCAAAACCGUUCCCAAUAAAUCUGACAAAUAUGUGUACAUCACUGGAUGUGACACGGGGUUUGGAAACCAGCUGGCGAAGCAUUUGGACCAACAGGGCUUUCGUGUGAUUGCUGCGUGUUUCACUGAAAAAGGAGAAGACGCUCUGAGGAAAGGCGCUACUGACAGGCUUGUGACUCUCCACCUUGACGUCACCAAGUCUGAAAGCAUUGCUAAAGCUGCCGAGCUCAUAAAGGACAGGGUGGGAGAAAAGGGUCUGUGGGGUCUGGUGAAUAAUGCAGGAGUGUCUGUCCCUUCCGGGCCCUGCGACUGGCUCACUGUGGACGAUUAUAGACAGAUGCUGGAUGUGAACCUGCUGGGUGUUAUAGCUGUGACGCUGAGUGUACUCCCUCUUAUUAAAAAAGCCCGGGGAAGAGUCGUGAAUGUGGCCAGUGUCUUCGGAAGAAUCAGUCCAUUUGGUGGACCCUACUCUGUUUCAAAAUAUGGAGUCGAAGCCUUCAACGACAGCCUUAGGAGAAACAUGAUGCCUUUUGGAGUGAAAGUCCUGUGCAUUGAACCAGGCUUUUUCAAAACCAGUGUGACUGACAUUGAUAUUUUAUUAAAAAAUGUUCAGCAACUAUGGGAUAAAAUGCCACAGGAAGUCAAAGAUGACUAUGGAAGCUCUUAUGUGCAGAAAGUGUCAGUGUUGAUGAAGAAGAUGAUGGGUCAGUUGCCAGACUCUGACCUGAUGAAGGUGGUGAGCUGUAUGGAGCAUGCCGUCUCAGCCGUCCAUCCCCGAACCCGCUACUCUCCAGGAUGGGAUGCCAAGUUCUUCUGGCUUCCUCUGUCUUACAUGCCAACAGUGAUCUCUGACUACCUGCUCCUCAAAGACAGCAUUAGCCCAGAAAAGGCAGUAGUCUGAUUUUUAGAAUUUGCUGACUUUCAGGAACUCCGUAGAGUCACUGAAAGUCGUGGCUUAAAUAGUUUCGCUGGGGUCACUGUCCAGACCUGUCUAGUGAGUUCCUCCCUGAGUGGAUUUGAAUUUUCUUUUUGGCACUUGACACAUUUGGAAGUCUGGUGAUCAUGUUCACCAAAAUUAACCUUAUUCUGUUCUGGUUGAUUUCUAAUAUAGGAUGGUACACUAAUACUGCAGUUUGGUUUUGUGUGAUCUUUGAAUUGACAUGGAAAGCUGUAAUUAAAUAAACUAUAUUUAUAGACUCA